AUGGCGAGCCUCGUCGCCAUCCUAGACCUCAAGGGAAAGCCAUUGAUUCAACGCUCGUAUCGCGAUGAUGUCCCUCCUUCGUACAUUGAACGCUUUCUGCCGCUCAUUCUCGAGUUUGAGGAAGAGGAGACGCAAGUGACGCCGUGCUUUACACAUCAGGGCAUCAAUUAUCUCCACAUACGCCAUUCAAACCUUUAUCUACUCGCUCUGAGCAAAGGGAACAGCAAUGCUGUCGAGAUCAUUCUAUUCUUGCAACGGCUUUGUAGCGUCCUAGUCGAGUACUUCAAAGAGCUAGAAGAGGAGAGCAUACGUGACAACUUUGUCAUCAUCUACGAGCUACUCGACGAGGUCAUGGAUUUUGGAUACCCACAGACCACAGAGUCCAAGAUUUUACAAGAGUAUAUUACACAAGAGUCGCACAAAUUGGAUAUUACCGCUCCUCCAGCCGUCACCAAUGCCGUCUCAUGGCGGUCGGACGGCAUCCGAUAUCGGAAGAACGAAGUGUUUCUCGAUGUUAUCGAGUCCGUCAAUCUUCUUGUCAAUGCCAAUGGGAACGUAAUCCGGUCUGAAAUCCUAGGAGCAGUCAAAAUGAAAUGCUACCUGUCGGGCAUGCCAGAAUUGCGACUAGGUCUCAAUGACAAGGUCAUGUUUGAGAGCACAGGCAGAGCUUCGCGUGGAAAAGCAAUCGAAAUGGAAGAUGUCAAGUUUCACCAAUGCGUUCGCCUAUCGCGAUUCGAAAACGAUCGGACAAUCUCUUUCAUUCCACCAGACGGCGAAUUUGAGCUCAUGUCGUACCGACUCUCCACUCCCGUCAAGCCUCUUAUCUGGGUGGAAGCCAAUGUGGAAAGCCACCGCAACAGCCGCAUAGAGUAUAUGGUCAAGGUGAAAGCGCAAUUCAAGCGGAGAAGUAAUGCAAACAACGUAGAAAUCUACGUACCGGUUCCAGACGAUGCGGACACACCAAAGUUUAGAGCUGCGACUGGAACUGCCCAAUACGUUCCAGACAAGUCUGCCUUUGUAUGGAAAAUUAAACAGCUGGGAGGCUCCCGCGAGUUUCUGAUGCGAGCACAAUUCGGUCUCCCGAGCGUCCGGAACACCGAGGAGACCGAGAGACGAGCGCCCAUCUCUGUAAAGUUUGAGAUACCAUACUUUACCGUCAGCGGUAUCCAAGUACGGUAUCUCAAGAUUGUCGAGAAGAGUGGCUAUCAGGCGUUGCCUUGGGUGAGGUACAUUACCCAACACGGCGAUGAUUACAGCCUGCGCACAGUGGUUGAGCGUGGCAACACGCCUGGUGGCGGACCGAUAUAG